AGACAAGAGGGAGCUGGUUGGUGUCUUUGGUAAAACCGGGGCUGGAAAGAGCUCUUUGAUAAAUGCCAUCAUCAAAGAGAAGAAUAUUUUACCCUCAGGAAGCAUCAAUGCCUGCACCUCAGUCAUGAUCAAAGUGGAAGCUAACACACGUAGCACAAAAUAUGAAGCAGAAAUUGAGUUCAUCACAAAGGAGGAGUGGAAAGAUGAGUUGUGGUCAUUUCGUCAGUUUCUUGACAAUAAUGAAGAUCAGGUAAAGGAAGACGAUGAUGAUUAUCGUGAUGCUGUUGAAAAGCUGACAGCACUGUAUGGAGAAGAAUGGAAAGAGAAGUCCUUUGAAAACCUCAUGGAGAACAAAUAUUUCAAAGAAAUUCCAGAAUUUCUCCAAUCCAGGCGAAAAAUUUUGAGAUGUGAAUCAGCUAAUGAACUUUCUGCAAAAUGUGUCAAGUACACAAGAAGUGAUUCAAAACAAGGAGAAGGUAAUGAAGGAAAAAAGUGGUUUUGGCCACUAGUGAAGUGUGUGACUGUCAGGGUGCCAAACAAGUCUCUUCUCCAGCAUGUCACACUUGUGGACCUUCCUGGAAAUGGUGACUGUAACAAGAGCAGAGAUCAGAUGUGGAAAGGGAUUGUUGGAGAUUGUUCUAUUGUGUGGAUUGUGACUGAAAUUAAUCGAGCAGCAUCAGAGAAAGAGGCCUGGGAGAUCCUGGAAAGUGUCAGUAGUCUGAUUGGAAAUGGUGGCGAAUGUCAGCAAAUUCAUUUUAUCUGCACCAAGUCUGAUCUUCUUGAUGAUUCAGAUGAUCUUUCACGAGCUCAUAUCCAUGAUGGAAUAGUAAUGAGAAACCAGCAAGCCAAGGAUGGAGUAAGGAAAGAAUUCAACAAGCGAAGCAAGAUUAAUAAACACUUCACUGACGACAGUUUCAAAGUGUUCACAGUGAGCUCCAGAGAGUUCCUAAAAGGGAAGCAUCUAAAUCCAGAAGAAACUGAAAUACCCAAACUUCAGGGAUUUUUGCAAGAGCUCAAUGACUGUCACUCUGAGAUAGUAAACUAUGUGAGUGGAGCUUAUGGGAUUCUUGCUUUGAUCCAAGGAGCCAACUCCGGAGGAGUGGAUGAUAAAAAAGGUGAGGUGUGUUCAGAACUUGAGAGAAACAUGAUCCUUCAACUUGCAAAUAUCAACAAAGAAAUGGAAGAGACCAUUACGGCCUUUGAAAAAUGUCUUAAUGAUGGCGUUGAGAAAUCCAAACGUUCAUACGGAGAAAAACUCAAGAACUUCUUGUAUCACGGAAAGAAGGGUGGUGGUUUUCACAGGGUACUGAAGUGUGUCGUUGAGAAUGGUGGCGUCCACAAACCAAAGAGCAGGACCCUAAUUAACCUGAACAUGAUGUUGGCUUCAUGUCUGACUGACAGCAUUGAUGAAGAAUUCAGAAAGACCUUCCCAAAUGACUCAGAACGUGGAGCAUUCAACGGAGUCAUCAAGACUUUUUCUCUUAACACUGAUUCUCUAAUUGAAAAGUACAAAAAUACUGAACUGCAGCUCAGAUUUCUCAAGACAGAGGAAGAAAAAAUUAAGGCAAAACUGAACAGAAUGAUCCGGGAACAGAAGAAAAAAGUCUACAGCAGUUUGACAGAGACAAUUGAGAACAUUAUGGAAGAAGGCUACAAGAAGGCUGCAAAAUUUAGAGGAGAAGGCAUGCUGUACAACAUGAGGGAGACUAUUAAGAACCAUGUGCACUCAAAGAAGGACAUGUUUGAACAGGCAAAAAAUACCAUGUUGGAGAAGUUACACAAUUUAAUGAGACACAUCCUUGAGAUUCUGGAGACUACUAUGAAGGAAUCCUUUGAACUCUCAUUCAAGACUGAUGGGAGCUUACUCCCAGAUGUUUCAACAGAGCUUGAUAUGGUGAAGAAACGUUAUGAUGAACUUCCAGGCACUCCAGAUGAUGAAGUGUCUCUUACUGGGUAACUCCUAAUAUGUUAUCAAUGAUUUGCUGACCAGGUAGAAACUGCAGAAACCUGGACACAAACAGGUCUUACCAGAGGAAGUACUGUUUAAAACAAAAAAAC